AUGGCCGAGUCAGCGUUGGAGAGGUUCUUUGAUAAGUACAUUGCAGAUGUGAGUACAGACAGCUCCCUCUCCUGUAUGAGUGUAGAAAUUAGCUGGUUUGUUCAUGACACUGAUUUAACUCUCCAGACGCAGAGAUGGAUAGAAAAACAGUUUCGAUUUGAUUCCAGGAUGUUUGGUACCAAAGCCGCCUGUCUUUAAACUCACUAAACAUGUAGAGGUGUUAAAACUGAUGAUAAACUCGCAUGAACCCUUUAGAGAUUUUUUUUCAGUGGCAGGUUGAUGAAUGUCAAAAGCAAAACUAUUACUGACAUUAUUCUCAAGUUUUCUUUUUUGUUUUUGUAAAGUUAAAAAAAUGAAAUCGAGAUUUUCUUCUGCAGAACAAAUCCGACGUGGAGGAUGAAGAGGAUGAAGAGGAGCAGAAUGAAGAACUCUUCUUCAAAUUACUGCCCGAUGAGCUCCUCACUUAUUACAAGCCAAGUUUGGACCACAUCUGCAAAUCACAGACGGUGAAAUUAAAGCCAAAGGUCAUGUGAGUCACCUCAAAACCUUCUGAACACCACGUUCAUUUGUUAGCAUCGCUGCAGAUUUCAGUUUGAGCUCAGUGAAACACAGAGGUUUCUGGGUUUUUCAGAUUCAUUCUUAAUCUUUAAAACCACCUUCAUCAGACUUUAUACACGAGGUUUUGAGAGCCCAGACAUCUCAGAGUGAUUCAUUUUAUCUCAGAAAUUCAACCACAAACGUGCAAAGCUCUGAAGAGGGUUAAAGUCCUCCAUAACUGCAGGAAAUCAGGUGUUUGAGGCAUGUAGAAACACUCUGUAAGUGGACACAGGCCCUGAGACAUCUGUCAUGGUUCUGGUGUUUGUCUGCAGGAACUUUAACACAAAAGCAAACCUGGGCUGUAUGCUGGACCUGCACUACAUCGCUUCCCAUGGACGUAACGUUGAUCUCGGCAGGGUAAGACCACCAGAACCUGACCCGACACGGGUUUGACCUCAGGAGAUCACACUGAUUCAGACUAAAGACGUGCUUCAGUACAUGUGGACCUCCUCACAAUCUCCGCUUCAUGUUGUUUCAUUUCAUUUCAGAAGUCCGACCGGGUUCAUAUGAGGAUCCGAAACCCGAGGUGUACAGGCAUAAUCUUUAAAGCAGGGACUCUGCUCUGUUUGGGAGCUAAAAGGUCUGUCAGGGUUCGUUUGUGAGAUUGUGUGAAGUUCUGAGGUGGUUCUAACUCUCUGAUCCUGUUUGUGCAGCAAAGAUCAGUCCAGGAUCGCGGCGAGAAGGUUUGCCCGCAUCGUGCAGAAGCUGGGCUUCCCUGUUCGCUUUCUGGACUUUAAGAUCUGCGGUAUAAUAGCCAUAUGUCGAACCUCCCCGAUCCGUUUGGACCAGUUGGCCAACUUUAUUCACAGCAGGUCAGGAGACUCAGAGACUCGGUUUUUAACCUGAAUAACUAAAACUCAGGGUGAAGAAGAACUUAUUCUACUGAUCUGAGGUUCUCUGGGGACUCAAACUCCAUCAAAAACAGAAACUUUUAACCCUCAGGGGCCAUUUUUGGUGACUUUUUAUUCGUUGAUCAUUUUGGCUUUGUUAAUGCAAAUAAGAUAAAUACCAUAGGCUGCCAUAAAAAAAGGAAAACCCUGCCCAGCAUUCAAUAUUGUGAAAAAAUAACUCCAAAUUUCUUUUUUGUCCAUUAAAAAUAACAGUGACGCCAUACAGUCAAACUGGCAUUUAACUCAACUCAACUUUAUUUGUUAAGCACUUUAAAACAACCACAGCUGUACAAAGUGCUGUACAUAACUAGACAAAACAACAAGAUAAAAAACAAUCAAAAAAAACAAUUUAAAACAAUGGAUAAAAUAAAAGCAGAAUUAAAAGUAUAGUUUCUAUGUUUUUAAAAACUAAUUUAAAAACAUAGAAACAAAUAACUAAAAACAAACCAUAAAACACUAAAACAGGAGCCGAGUCUCAUGGAGGGUUAAAAGCCAAUGAAUAAAGGGUUACAAUUCUGAAAAUAAAUUAAUAUUUGGUAGUUAUGAUUAGUACUGAAGUUGAUUAAAAAAUUUAAGCAAAAAAGUAACAAGAAAUUUUAAUUUUUAAUAUUUUUAUAGCACUUUUAGGAAAUGGACAUUUUUGUCCAUCUAAGGACCUAAGUGUGACUUUCUUAAAAAUCAGACAAUACAUCAAACAUAAUCAUGCAUAAAAAUUAAUGUUGUUGUUAAUGAUUGGCACAUCAUAGACAUUGAUAAUAAUAAAAAAAGAAGAUUCCUGCCCAGCAUCAAAUAUAUGAAAAAUAACUUCAAAUUUCUUUUUUGUUCAUUAAAAAUAACAGUUAAAAAAAAUUAAUAUCUGAUAAAUAUGAUCAGGAAUGAAGUUGAUUAAAAGAUUUAAGCAAACAAAAAAAUGGUAAAAAAUAUGAAUGUAUGAUAUUUUUAUAGCACUUUUAGGAGAUGGACAUUUUUGUCCAUCUAAGGACCUCAGUGUGACUUUUUUUAAGGACCCCAAAGUUUUAUAAUCAAAUCAUCUUCAAGUCAAACCAAGAAUCUUUGUUUCUUGUUUUCUCUCCACAGUUAUGAACCCGAGCUGUCCUCCACCCUUCGCUACCAGGUCACGCCCGGCAUCCGUCUGAUCAUCCACCGUACUGGGACGAUUUAUGUGCACGGUAAAAUAUCUGGGUUUGUUCCCAAAUAUUCCAUUUUAGUGGUUAAGAGGUACCAAGUCCAGUCAGUACAGUCUUCAAGGUAGGUUUUUGUGGCAGUUUAAGUCCUUUAAGAGGGUCCAGGGUUCUUGAACUUCACCAAAGAGGUUCUGCAGUUUUCUCAGAUAGUAUCAGAGAAGGUUCGAGGGGUCUCUGCUGUUCCCUUUGCUUGGGUUAAUUCAUGUGUCCUUAACUCCUCUGAGCUGACUGAAUCAGUUUGUUUAUAAUACAAGAACUUUAUUGAUCUACAAAAGGAAAUCCAUUUAUUCAGACCAGCGUUGAUCAGUUGAAGUUUAGUUCUCUUAUUACCCUGAAAUAUUAAUCUCUGCAGUUUUCUGUUCAAUUACAGGAGCCAAAAGUGAGGCUGAACUCAACAGCGCCCUUCGAAUCGCUGAAUCGACCUUAAACUCGUUCAGGAGCCUCUACAAACAGGAAGUGUGCGACUAA